AAGCGACGUUGUUUGCAAUUUGAAAUUUGAAGAAAAAAGUGGUGCAUUUUACAGUCUGAAUAGAGUAUUCCGCUCCUCCCUUGCCGGAUCACGACGUCGCUCCUUCCGCCGGAACUGAAUCUGCUUCAUCCUCUACCGGUUAUGGAAAAUGCGGAGUCAUUAAAAUUGGGUAUGGAAAUUGAGGGUAACAGUUCUUCGAGGAAACCUCGAGUCCUACUGGCUGCAAGUGGAAGUGUGGCUGCAAUAAAGUUUGCAAACCUUUGUCAUUGUUUUGUUGAAUGGGCAGAAGUUAAAGCAGUUGCUACAAAGGCUUCUAUGCAUUUUAUAGAUAAAGUGGCACUUCCUAAGGAUGUGACUCUGUACAGAGAUGAGGAUGAAUGGUCGACAUGGAAUAAGAUAGGAGAUAGUGUGUUGCAUAUUGAACUCCGUAGUUGGGCUGAUAUUAUGAUCAUUGCGCCUUUGUCGGCCAACACACUUGGAAAGAUUGCAGGAGGUUUGUGUGAUAACUUGCUUACCUGCAUUGUGCGAGCAUGGGAUUAUAGUAAGCCACUUUUUGUAGCUCCUGCAAUGAACACUUUUAUGUGGAACAACCCUUUUACAGAACGGCAUCUUCUGUUAAUUGAUGACCUGGGGAUCAAUCUUAUCCCACCUGUAACCAAGAGGCUAGCUUGUGGAGACUAUGGGAAUGGCGCAAUGGCUGAACCUUCUCUCAUCUUCUCAACUGUAAGGCUCUUCUUGGAAUCCCAGGGUCAAUCAAGCAAUGGCAAUGUCCAGUGAUUACCAAAUCACAAUGUUGUUGCCGAAAUAAAGUUUGAUACUGAGUGGACACAUGUUAUUAACCCAACACGCUUUAGAUGUGUGUGUGUUUUUUUUUUUUUUUAACUGAUCACUAACCUUGUAAUUCAGAUUUUUUUGGUUAAUCCUGCAGCAUAGAAAUGACCUACUUGAAAUAGUGUUUUUAUAACUAUUCUCAUAUUUCAAAGCUUGAAUUUCCUGAUUCAUUUUGUA